GCCCAAGGCAAAGUGAAGAAAGUCUCAAUCUGCCUUUGGCAUAACAUGAGAAACUACACGAAAAAGAAAAAAAAAGCAGUCUUUUCGCGGCCAUUUCUCACUUCAACAGACCAUAAAUGAAGGGUUGGAAUUGAUUGAGAAAGUUUAGUUUCUUCUUUCCUUCUCCAAUUUCUCUCUCUGAUGGAAGUGAAGCUUAGCCAUAGACAACACUUCUCCCUCCCAAAGUCUCUUCUUCCCAACUUCAAAGAAACAAGCUUCCCUCCUCCUCACACCUUCUCUUUAAGAUCCUGGGCAGCUACUGAACGCCACCGUUUCCAAGGCCUCAUCAAGAAAUGGAGAUUGCAGAACAAUAGCAAGGACUAUAUCUGCGCUCACCUGGUGAAAGAUUUUAAGUGCAGGGGUGAAACUUUGUCUUCGAUUUCAAAGAAGUAUGGGGUCUCCGUUUAUUCAAUUGCAGCUGCUAAUAAGGACAUAGUGGAUAUUCACCUUGUUUUCAAAGGCCAGCUCCUUAACAUCCCUGCUUCUUCCCUCAAAGAAACUCUACUUGCCAAGAAGAGUAGGUUAUGGCAUUCCAUCCGUGCGUUCAGAACUCCUUCACACAAAAUAAUUUACUCCAUGGUUACUUCACAUGGCUUGUCAAAUCAGGCUAAAGCUACUGGCUAUUUUCUAGUUCUGGUUCCUCUUAUAGCGUUUUGCAUCAGAUGCAUAAUCAGUACCUUUCGCAUUAGAGUUGCCAGAGACAUGAGACACCAAGCUGUGGAUAAGUCAAAGGGACAUCAUCCUGGGGCAAAAAGCAUGCGAUGGAAGUCUGCUCUGAGUGACACAGAGGAAUCAGAUGCUUUUGACUCUGAAUCAGGACUAGAUUCCAAUAGUCCUUCAGAAGAUGAAGCUUACAUUUCCUAUGAUGAGGCCUCUCAUGCUUACAGUAGACUUCAACAUGAUUAUGAGAAAUUUCUUUCAGAAUGUGGAAUGAGUAAAUGGGGAUACUGGAGAGGUGGUUCACCUGGGACCUGACUGGAGCACUUAAGUGCGUAUCCUUCUCACUAGUAUAACAGGUACUGACAUUGAACUCCAGCCAUCUUCACAGUAGAGAACUGGAGCAUUAGAAUGCGUUUCAUUCUAGCCGGUUCAUGGUUUGUAUUUUCCAGCAGAAAUUUGAUAUAAAUGUAAUCAAUUUAACUGGGAAUAAUUGAACCAUUGUACAGGAAUGAUUGAGUAGCAUUUUUGGUC